CUGCAUAGCUUUCACAGCCUCUGCCCAAUAUGUUUGCCACACGGAGAUCGGCAUCCAAACUGACGUCGCGCUUGUUGGGCGCCCGGUGGGCGAGUACGGCUGAGACGAAGGACAAGUACAAGGUGGUUGUUCUCGGCGGAGGCGUCGCGGGUUUGAGCGCUGCUUUGCAAUUGUACAACCGCUUCGAGCAGGCCGGAAAGUCUCUGAAGGACGGGGACAUCGCGAUCGUGGACGCUGCGGAGUUCCACCACUACCAGCCUGGAUGGACGCUUGUUGGCUCCGGCUUGAAGCAAAAAUCGACCCUCCGCCGCCCCCUUGCGGACCUCAUCCCCUCUCAUAUCAACCACAUAUCGGAGAAUGUGCAAUCGUUCGACCCUUCGGGCAACUCGAUCACCACAAUCUCAGGCAGGAAGCUUUCGUACGACGCGUUGGUGGUCGCAACCGGUCUUCAAGUAAACUUCGACCAGAUCGAGGGGCUUCCGAAGGCUCUAGCUGAUCCAUCCUCCGGCGUCUCAACCAUCUAUUCCUACAACACCUGCGACAAGACCUGGCGAGAUAUCGAUGCGCUUAGGUCUGGACGCGCCCUGUUUACGCAACCCGCGGGCGUCAUCAAAUGCGCCGGAGCUCCCCAGAAAAUUAUGUGGAUGGCAUGGGACAGAUACCGCAGGUCUGGCCGUGGCGACCAGAUUAAAGUGGACUUCAGGACGGGAAUGCCGACGAUGUUCAGCGUGCCGAAGUACUCGAAGGCCCUUGACGCCAUGCGCGUCGAGCGCGGGGUCGGCGCAAAAUUUCAGCACAGCCUGGUGUCGGUCGACUCGGCGAACCGCAAGGCGACGUUCAAGAAUCUGGCGGAUAAUUCGACUGUCACGGAGGACUAUACGCUACUCCAUGUGACGCCCCCUAUGGGCCCUCUCGAUGUGUUCAAGGGAACACCGCUUGUGGACGCUGCCGGAUGGAUCGACGUGGACAAAAACACGCUCCAACACGUGAAGCCCGAGUUUGCCAAUGUGUUCGCCAUGGGCGACGCCUCUUCGCUGCCCACGAGCAAGACCGCCGCCGCAAUCACGGCGCAGGCGCCAGUGCUAGUGGAAAACCUGUUCCAUCAGCUCGACACCGGAAAAGUCGGACCUGCCAGAUACGACGGGUACACGAGUUGCCCUCUACUGACCGGCUAUGGCGAGCUUAUGCUUGCCGAGUUCAAGUAUGGCUUGGAGCCGGCGGAGUCGUUUGCCGAAUACCUGGGCGAUCAGGCUACUCCGAGAAGGCUGUUCUAUCAUCUCAAGAAGGAUUUAUUGCCCUUCGCGUGGCUCAACUUUGGGGUCAAGGGACUGUGGUUUGGACCGUCAGGGUUCGUUCGUCCCAAGUAUUCUUAGAUCUGGGCCGGUUUCGUCGGCUGGUACAGGACCUGAAAUGUAAUCAUCUAUACCGGAAUGUUCGGACCAUGGUGUAGAUCUAGUCGAUACAUUCCUUGCAUUCGGACCUCC